AGGACAAGCUGACUAAUCAGGACUCAGAGCAGGCAGUCAGCUGGAGCUCUGCGUCUGGAUCACUGUCAGCCAACCUGCUCUUCUCACCGACUCCACGUCCAGGGCGCGUUUGUUGCUGUCAUCUAACCAUGCACUGUCUCAGAGCGUUGCGUUUGUCAGACCUCCUGCAAGUUUCCUCCAAAAACACAAAUGCGACGAGGAAUCUUGUCGUUCUCCAUCCAGCAUGUGGUCUGAUCAGGAACUCAACGACUUCUUCCCAGCGACGGACGCACACGCACACGGAUCAUUUCCACAAUAAAAUGACCAUGCAUUCCAUCUCUCCCAGUUCUGGAGUGGAAAACAUGCUUUUCUACACCAUUACAGAAGGAAGAGACCAAGUGCCCAUUUCAUACUUUAAUGCUGCCCUGAAGAAAACUGGCCUUCAGCCCUCAGACCCUCGACUCAGGGAGUGCAUGGAGAAGGUGCGACGGGCUGUGAAGGACUCUGUCGGUGAGGUGAUGAUGGACAGAGACCUUUUCCACAGAUGUGUGGGUGGCAACAUCGUUCUUCUGAUCCAGGCCUUCCGAAAAAAAUUUAUCAUCCCUGAGUUUGAUGUGUUUGCUCGUAAAAUCAACGAAAUAUACAAGACAGUCCAAGAACAAAGGGAUGGGAAGGUUGCUGACUACAUCCCCCAGCUGGCCAAGUUCAGCCCAAAUCUAUGGGGUGUGUCUUUAUGUACAGUUGAUGGCCAGAGGCAUUCGGUGGGUGACACAAAGCAGCCUUUCUGCCUGCAGUCAUGUGUAAAGCCCCUGCAGUAUGCCAUCGCUGUCCAUGAGUCUGACACAGAGAAGGUUCACAGCUAUGUCGGCAUGGAGCCCAGCGGACUCAAGUUCAAUGUGCUUUCUCUUGACGAGGAAGAUAAGCCUCACAACCCCAUGGUGAAUGCUGGAGCCAUUUUGAUCAGCUCUCUUAUCAAGCCUCUCGCAAAUAAGGCAGAAAAGUUCGACUAUUUUAUGGAGUUUGUAAAAAAGAUGGCCGGCCAAGAAUAUGUUGGAUUUAGCAAUGCCACGUUUCAGUCUGAAAAGGAAACUGGUGACAGAAACUUUGCCAUUGGAUACUACAUGAAAGAGAAGAGGUGUUUUCCCCCAGGAGCUGAUAUGAUCGAUGCCCUCGAUUUCUACUUCCAGCUUUGCUCCAUUGAGGUGACCUGUGAAUCAGGAAGCGUCAUGGCUGCCACUCUGGCCAACGGAGGGAUCUGUCCAAUCACGGGCGAGCGAGUCUUGAGUGCCGAGGCGGUGCGAAACACCUUGAGCCUCAUGCACUCCUGUGGCAUGUAUGACUUCUCUGGCCAGAUGGCUUUUCAUGUGGGCUUGCCAGCAAAAUCUGGAGUGUCUGGUGCAAUACUGCUGGUGAUCCCUAAUGUAAUGGGAGUGAUGUGUUGGUCCCCACCUUUGGACAAAGUUGGGAACAGUGUCCGGGGAAUACACUUCUGUCAGGAGCUGGUCUCACAGUUCAAUUUCCACAAUUACGACAAUCUGAGGCACUUUGUAAAGAAGCAAGAUCCCCGUCGGCAGGAUGGAGAUGACAGGAACAAGUCAGUUUUCAACUUAAUGUUUGCUGCCUUCAGUGGGGACGUGUCGGCACUAAGAAGAUUUGCUCUCUCAUCUGUGGACAUGGAUCUGAAAGACUAUGACUCCAGAACAGCACUACACAUCGCUGCAGCAGAGGGUCACAUAGAUGUUGUGAAAUUCCUCAUUGAAACCUGCAAAGUGCAUCCAUUUGUGCAAGACAGAUGGGGAAACCUUCCAGUCGACGAUGCCAUGCAGUUUGGCCAUGAAGAAGUGGUGAAGAUGCUCCAAGAAUACCAGGAAGACUGGAAGCAGCAGGAUGGCGAGGUCGAACAGCCCCCAAAACUGGAUACGAUCGAGGGCAUGAUCUGAUAUUUCUAAAGCCGAAUGGUAACGUGGCAGAGCAUAUGUGAAAUCUAUGUGAUCUUGUGAAAGUUGACAUUGUUAAACUUGAGCAAAGUACCAAACCGAGGAACUCCUGACUAAAUGAAUGUAACUGAACUAUGCAUACGGUAGCAAAUAUAUAAAGGGUAUAAGCUAUUGUAUUCAUACUUUGUCAAAAGAUGUUAAGUGAAACAUUUAAUGGCAGUAGGAAAUUAGCACUGCUGUAAUUUACAAUGAGACUUGUUGCAAUGUUUGUAUCCUUGAUCUUUAUUUUAAAACUAAGACUUUCUGUAUAAAUAUUCAUCAUACUAUGAUAAUAAAGUGCCUUUGGUGACUUUUAACUCUGUAUUUUAA